AUGGAGACCGAAUACACGACCAGCACCGCGGCAGACACGAUCGAGCUGCUCGAGACUCGGCUUCGACGCAUUGAGUUCCUGCUGACCGGCCAGACGAACUGGGCGGGCGAGCCAGAGCAAGCAUCCGAACCCCCAGCUUCAGUGCGAGAAACAGUCUCUGCCCGUCUCGCGGAGCUCGAACAUGGCCUUAGACGGCUCUCAGUGCGAGUCCCUGCCGUCCAAGACGUGCUCAAGCUAUACUCACGAUAUCCGGACCUCUUCCAGUCUGCGUCGACACACACACCGCCUGCAACGAUGACACCAGCAACCCUAGCCUCGAUCGUGCUGUCAUACGCCACAGCGUUCCCCGAAACAGCAUCUCGACUAAGCUCGCUACAGGACCUUCCUAUCCCUCCCGCUAGUGCGUCCACGGCCCUUGUCGAGCUUCAGCCACGACUAGACCGGUGCCAGGAGACGCAGAGACGUCAGGCGGAGGAGAUAGCCGAGCUGAGGGUGCAGAGCACGCUGUUGAUGAAGCGGUGGGUUGAAGUCGGUGUUGUGGGCGGCGGGGAGGUAUGGGGUGAAUGGGAGGAGAGGAUGAAGAUGGUCGAGAGGGGGGUGAGAAGGGAGGAGAAGGCGAGAGAGAGGGAGUAA